AUGACUAUAUACCACCUUUUACGUGUUGCCUGGGCACGUGUGAUUCUUGAUGAAGCUCAUAACAUUAAGAAUCCUAAAGUCCAGACGUCCAUGGCAGUGUGUAAGCUGCGGGCUCGAUCCCGCUGGGCUGUUACUGGAACCCCCAUUCAGAACAACCUGCUGGAUAUGUAUUCACUGCUCAAGUUUUUGAGAUGCUCUCCAUUCGAUGAGUAUAAGCUGUGGAAGGCUCAGGUGGAUAAUGGCUCAAAGAGAGGAGGAGAGAGACUGAACAUCCUCACCAGAGCGCUGCUUCUUCGCAGGACCAAAGAUCAGCUGGACGCUGCUGGAAAACCACUGGUGUCUCUGCCUGAUCGGACCUGUGAGGUUCACCGGCUGAAGCUGUCUGAAGAUGAACAGGCUGUAUAUGAUGUCGUGUUUGCACAAUCCAGGUCUACACUCCAGAACUAUCUUAAGAGACACGAAGAAGGAAACACUAAAAAGGGAGACAGUAGCAAUCCUUUUGAGAAAGUUGCGAGGGAAUUCGGGAUGUCUCAGCAGGACUCGCUGUCUUCCUCUCAGCAGCCUCAGGCCUCCAGCACCAUCCACAUCCUGUCACUGCUGCUGCGUCUCAGGCAGUGCUGCUGCCACCUGUCUCUGCUCAAGAAGUCAAGGAAAUGGGACGUUUACAACAUGCCUCCCUGGAAGUGACGUCAUCGGCCCGAGAAGCAGCCAGUCUAUGGAAGCAGCUCACUGAUCAUGAGCAGAGGCUUGCGAGGGGAUCAUUUCCUUUUAUUCACUUGUAUUAAAACAUUAUUAUAAUGUUUAAUUUU